GGUACUCUACAUCGAGGACUUGAUACACUUUUCAGCAUGAUCUUCCUUUACAUAAGUGUCUUGUUUGUUGUAGCCACGCCACUGUUGACAGAUGCUACGUAUAGCGCAACUGAUAGCAUGUUCUUGCGUUUGUAUAUAAAGAACAGCUCUUUCCUCGACGUGAACAUACGAAAUGCAGAACAGUUGGUGUCUCGUUUGAAAAGCAACGAAACGUUGGUAAUGUACAUUCAUGGUUUUACAGAAUCGGCGGACUCUGAAGGCGCUACGUUGGUAUCGGAAGCGUAUUUGGCGAACACGAAACACAAUAUACUUGCAGUCGAUUACCGAAAGGCUGCUGCUUUGAGCUAUCUAAGCUGCAUUUCAUUAAUCGAGGAUAUCGCUAAGAACGUAGCUGAUGCUUUAAACGCUAUAGUGUUUUCUGAUGUGAAAGUUACAAAUACACAUCUUAUUGGACACUCGUUGGGCAGUCAUAUUGCUGGAUCUGUGGCACGUCAUACAAAUUUCAGAGUUUCCAGGAUAACAGGCUUGGAUCCUGCAGGACCGUUUUUCUACUUGCUCAACCCUCGUUUGACUGCGGGCGACGCCGAUUUCGUCGAUAUUAUACACACUGAUAUGGGUAUUUACGGGUUAGCUUUGUCAAUAGGGCACGUGGACUUCUUUCCGAAUUUUGGUAUCAGAGCACAGCCUGGUUGCUGGUUGAUUGGGGCGAUACUGGGAAAGAGAGAUUUAUGCAGUCAUGGUAGAUCCUACAAAUUCUACGUGGAAUCUGUUACAAGUAAUAAUUUCAUAGGUAUGAAGUGUUCAAGUAUAUUUGACAUGUUCUCAGGAAUAUGUAACCAGCAUGAAACUGCUGUCAUGGGUUAUGGCACACCAACCGAUACAAGGGGCGAUUAUUUUCUCAAAACAAAUGAAGUAAGACCUUACGCGCGAGGAUUAAGUGGAAUACACAAUGGUUACGAACGAUAGGAUCGAUAGAUCUUUCUCGUACUAAUCGUACUCUAUCUGUUAUAAUUCUCGAGUAUCAAAGAAAUUCUUGCUCUUAUAACUGUUCGUGCCUUUCAAAGAGAAGAAAGACGUCCUCGUAAAUGGUCACAAAUCACUCUCAGAUAUUACACGGCAAGUAUUUCGCAAGAAAAUUCGAAAUGUACUCGUCAGGGAAGUAAGUUUUCAAGAUCUCGAAUAUGGUAUUUUCCAGAUGGAAGGGAGAGAUCGAGUAAAAUCUACGAAAUGUUUAUUUUCACAGCCAAUUUUGCAAAGCGUCACUUUAUGGCCACUUCUGUAGGAUGUUU